ACUGUGUUCCGAUAUUCACUGCCAGUACUGAAGAUGUAUAGAUACGUGACGUAAAUUAUAAAUUUGCAAUACUGGCAGUAAAUAUCGGAACACAUCCUUAAUUGAAACUAUUACAAUAUGUCGAAGCUAAUAGCUGGAAAAUUGGCGUUAGUUACUGGUGCAGGAAGCGGCAUCGGAAGGGAGGUAUGUCGAGUUUUUGCCCGAGAAGGUGCUAAAGUUGUUGCAAUCGACCAAAACGUCAAAACUGCUACGGAAACUGUAGCUGUUUUGGAAGGUGCUGGACAUGUUGCAUUGAACGUUAACGUCGCUGAUCGGAAGAGCGUUGAGACAGCGUUUGAACAUGUCUUAAAGCAGUUUUCAAGACCACCAACCAUCAUUGUUAAUUCGGCAGGCAUUACACGGGAUAACUUUUUAGUGAAACUUAGCGACAUUGAUUUUGACGAUGUAAUCAAUGUCAAUUUAAAAGGCACUUUCCUAGUUAUGCAAACUGCUGUUAAAGAAAUGAUAUCGGCAAAUGCAACCGAAAACUCGUCGAUUAUCAACAUUAGUUCAAUAACUGGUAAACGUGGGAAUAUCGGGCAAAGCAACUACAGCGCAUCAAAAGCUGGAGUGAUAGCUAUGACAAGUACCGCCUCCAUGGAGUUUGGACAGUUUGGAAUUCGCGUGAACGCAAUACUGCCUGGUGUUAUAGACACUCCUAUUAUCGCAACUUUACCUGAUAAAGUUAAAGAGUUUUUUAUAAAAAAUAUACCAUUGCAAAGAAUAGGAAGACCGCAAGAAGUGGCAGAAGUUACUGCAUUUUUAGCUUCUGAUAAGAGUUCUUAUAUAACUGGAGCAUCUAUUGAAGUUACGGGGGGAUUACAUUGAGUAUUAUGAACUCGAUAUUUUAUAAUAUAAUAACAUAACAGUAACAACCGGAAAGCAACGUAAAAUGUUAGCGAAUAUCACUGUUCUGUCUAAACGAGACGUUAACAUAAAAGCGACUGAAAAUGUGGGAGAUUGUUAUUUUAUAUUUGAUGUAUAUAUACAUAUACAUUUAUUCAGGACUAUUUUCGUAAACUAACUUAGUACUGAUAUCGAUCAGGCUACAGGAUAUGUAAUUGGGAUACAAUACUUGUGUGAUUAGGCACAUAUUUAUACAUAUAUAGACACACAAGAUAAAUGAAUGUAUCACUUAAUGUGAUGCAAUAUAAUGUGAUAUAUCAAAGAAGAGUUUGAUAGACAAAAGAGAAAAUUAAUUAAGACAAUCAAUGUCUUCUUUUCAUAGUUGCACAAAUUACUUCGCGGUCAUCUUUAAAACUUAUUCUUAAAAUUGUUCCAUUGAGAAGAUGAAUUAGGUCCAGUUGUACCAAUGUAAUUUUAACGUUGGCUUAAUUCACUCUUUGUCUCUUUCAAAGGAAAAUAUAGAGUGAAUUGAACUAAAAGUUAAACGACGUUGGUGCAACCGAGUCUUAAACUUGUAUAACAUAACAGAU